CAGGGGUGGGUCCUGGGGAGAGGAGACCGUCGAGCGGCGCAGCGAGCCAGUCGCGCCGAGAGCGCUGGGAGCGGACGGCUGUGCGCAUCGAGGGUCUCCGGACGGCGACGCACGCUCUCGCUGGGCAAUGGAGCUUGAGCUAAGAGAAACUUAAGCCAACAACCUCAGGCGAGCGGGCGGGACUGUGUCUACUGGUUGUUAUUGAGGUUGCUGUUGCCGUUAUUGACGUGCUGUUCCCAGCCAGUGAGUUUUCAUGAAAGGAAGUGUCACUUCCUUCCCAUCACAAGAAGGGUGACUGGGCAGCACCUUCGGCUAAGGGGAAAGCGGAGCAAUCAGAGGAAGGUGACCUCCAGGAGCCCCCUGUGUCCCCCAAGCCUCAAGAUGAGCAGAGCAAGAGCCAGAGCCCCAUCCAGCUUGAGGACUCCCCUAAGGCAGGUGGGGAGCAGGAGGAAGAACAGGCCUUCCUGGUCAGCCUCUACAAGUUCAUGAAGGAGCGACACACGCCCAUCGAGAGGGUGCCCCAUCUUGGCUUCAAGCAGAUUAACCUGUGGAAGAUCUACAAGGCAGUGGAGAAGCUGGGGGCCUAUGAGCUGGUGACAGGCCGCCGCCUCUGGAAGAACGUGUAUGAUGAACUUGGGGGUAGCCCGGGCAGCACCAGUGCGGCUACAUGCACACGCCGCCACUAUGAGAGGCUGGUCCUCCCAUAUGUGCGGCACCUGAAGGGAGAGGACGACAAACCACUGCCCCCUACCAAGCCCAGGAAGCAAUACAAGAUGGCCAAGGAGCUGAGGGGAGAUGAUGGGGCCACUGAGAAGCUGAAGAAGGCCAAGGACUCAGAGGAGAGGCAGGCGGACCAGACCACAUCAGAAAAGACCAAAUCAGAUGCCCCUGGCCAGACACAGCUUCCCAGACAAGGAUCCUCAAGGGAUAGCACGGAACAGCUGGGCCCAGUAUCUGGGUCUUCUCCACCGUUCCUGGGUGCUAAUAGCUGUCCUGAGGCCUACAAGCGGCUUUUGGCGAGCUUCUACUGCAAAGGGGCGCAUGGUAUCAUGUCACCACUGGCCAAAAAGAAACUCCUGGCUCAGGUCAGCAAGGCAGAGGCCUUGCAGUGCCAAGAAGAGGGCUGUCGCCACGGAGCAAGGAGCCCCAACAAGGACCUUCAAGAAAGUUCCCAGAACCCAAGAGGGCUGGCUGAGAACUCUGAACACCAACUAACCCCCCCGGAAGGAUUGCGGGCCCCUGGUGGCAGCACUGGUGUGGAGGCACAGGUGGGCCCCUGCCCUACAGCCCCCACAUUCUUAGGCCGUUUUCAUGCGUACCCCACCGAGGUGCUGAAGCCCGUCAGCCAGCACCCCAGGGACUUCUUCUCCAGCCUUAAAGACAGGGUGCUGUUGGGACCACCUGGUAAAGAGGAAGGGCUGACAGCCAAAGAGUCCCAGCUGGUAUGGGGUGGGGAUGCCAACCGCCCCUCUGCAUUCCACAAAGGCAGCACAAGGAAAAGAAGUUUCUAUCCCAAGCCCAAAGCCUGCUGGGUGUCCCCCAUGGCCAAGGUCCCUGCUGAGAGUCCCGGAGCCCCACUCCCCCAUCCCAGGAGCCCAGGUCUUAGCAAGAAGCGCGGCUUGGAAGAAGAGGGAUACACUCAUGGUGGCAAGAAACUGAAGGCGGUGUCUCCCUUUCUGAAGGAGGUGGAUGCCAGGGAGAGUGAGGGCAAGCCUGCAGCCCCUGGCUUGGCUGUAUCCUGUCUACUGGGCCCAGCCCUGGGGCCCACUCCUCCAGAGUCCUACAGGGGCACCAUGCUGCGGUGUCCUCUGAACUUCACCAGUAGUGCAGACCCUCUGAAGGGCCAGGCCUCACUGCCCUUCAGCCCCCUGGUCAUUCCUACUUUCCCAGCCCAUCUCCUGGCUACAACAGGCCCCUCGCCUAUGGCUACCAGCCUGAUGCAUUUCCCUCCCACGCCAUAUGACACUGUCCUUCGCAACAGACUGGGUCCAGCUUCGUCUGCCUGGCACGUGCCCCCCGUCACAACCUAUGCGGCACCCCACUUCUUCCACCUCAACACCAAACUGUAGGGCCUGAGUCUAUCCUGCUAUGCCUCGGAGAUGGGGCCUCAAAUGGGCAGAUGCUGCUGCGCAUCUCAGGCCAGACUAGCCUCCCCGAGUCUGACUCCCUCGCACAGACAGGAGGAGGCAGUGGGCUUGUCUGAAUGAAGCAGCCUGUGCCCAAAGCCCAGGGACCAAGUUGUGGUAAGAUCAUGAAAGUACCUGAGCUGGUGUUCUCUUUCCACAGAGGCCAAGAGGUCUGAGAGGCUGGGGAGCUAAAUUAUCAGCUCAAGGCAUCCAGGUUGGCCACGAAAGACCCAAUAAAAAGACACUGGUGUGAUUGCACUCAGCCCAAGGGUAUACAGCAUUGGACGUUUGCAAGGGGAGGUGAGGCAGGAGCGAGCGUGUAGGCGUGGCCAUCAGUGUGGGAGCAAAGAUGAAACAAAGCCACUCUGGCCUGGACGCUGCCACCCCACUGGAGGGUAGGGCCAGAGCCAAACCGGGCCUCUGUGCGCAGAUGAACAGCCGAGAUUCCUUUCGCUCCAGCCUCAGGACACUCGACUGUUGAGGUUGCCGUGGUGCAAAGCCCAGAGCACACUGGUGACCUGUGAGACAAGUGGGAGGGGCUGUGUCAUUGCAACCCUCUGAGCUGAGCCAGUCCCAGAAGGCCUUGAGUCUUUCAGUGAAGGGCUUGCUCUGAGAGACCUUGCUGUGUUGCUCAUGUUAAUCUGGGACCCCUGACCUAAAGAAAUCCAACUAUGGCCUUCUCAGUAGCAGAAGCUACAGGUGUGAACCUCUGUACCCGUGAAGAGGGGAUUUGUGGGUGUUCGUAUAAAACCCAAGUGAGUCUGUCCUAUUGGUGGGCAGACCUGUGAGCCCAGCUGCCUAGUGUUCCCAGUCAGUAACCUGCCACAUCCACACCUAUUUUUCCUGUUCCACAUACUGGACUUGGGGUGAGGGGUAGAGGGAACCCAUCUCUACCUGUGAAUCUGUUGACAAGUCACAGUGAUAUUUAACUGUGGUUGCUCCAGGCGCCCACACAGAAACCCUGUGGCUUGGCAUCCACAACUACCUUAGAUAUGGCUUGCUCUGCCAGUCCCAAGGAGACAGUACAGUUUCACACCAUUCCUGGAAAGGCAGGGCCACCAUGGCCCAGAGAUGCUAGGAUGCCAGUGAACCAAGUCAACAGAUGAUUACUGACCUACAUCAUGGGAACUCACCCUCUCCCUGACCCCAGGCCAUGGGUAGGAGGGCAAGGUUUUGUGGUCCCCUUAGUUCACAGGAGGCAUAGCCAAGGUCAGCAACAGGAAGUGCCAUUGAGGAUGUCUGACUCUGGGAAACGGUGGCCAGGAAGGCAGCUGCCUGUGGAAGGGAGCUGGGACACAGGUGUCCUCCAGGACCAGGUAGCCAGAGGGUGGAAGUCCCACUGAUGCAUCUUGCAACUUCCCGCCUUCUGUCUAGAGAUACCAGGAUUCCAGUCUGAGUAUGCAGAUUAACAGCCCUGAGCUCCUGACAACCCCUCUGCACCCAUGCGUUAGCCCGUCUCUGAGCUUCUACAGCCCCAUGAGGAAAUGCCCUGGGUGUUGGGCUGCACACUGUGGAGUCAGGACCCAGGAGAGACAGAGGGUAACUUUGUUUCUGGAGGGAUCCCCUUCAUCUACAAAGUAACGCUAGUCCGAGCCUGCUCAAUGAUGGCAUGUGGCGGACAGCCUGGAACAGGAGAUCGGUCCAAGCUUCAGGAGCAGAGCCAUCUGCUGGUUCAUCAGGAGAAUGCAUGGCUGGGAGGGGAGGGUGUGUUGGUUUCUGGGCCGGACUCUACCUCUGCUUCAGCAAAGACUCUAGAAAUGAAUGCAAAUCAGGCUUCCUGGGAAACCUAGGGAUAUUGCACCCAUGUGCCAGUCUCACACAAUCCUCCUUCCUUCUGUGAAUGAGAAAACCGAGCUCAGAGGCGACUCCAAACGCCAUGGUGGCUGACAGCAGGUGCACACACCUUCCCGUGUUCACUUGUGUCCCUGACAGGUUACCCCAGAGGACCCACAGGACUGCAGAGUUCUGGGCUUGUGUCCAGGGCAUAACUUAUUGUCAGAGUCUACUUCCAAAUCAUUUGUGACAUCUGUGCUAAUGGUGGGAGAAGGCAGAGGCCACCCUGGUAUUUGUGCAGACCCAACCCCUGCCCGUGAUUCCAGCUCAUCCCUGGAAACAGCCUAAGUGUGACGAGUUGGCUAUUCAGCAGGAAAUACCUCAUUUGCCUUGGGUGUAAAAGCGUGCUGCCCCUUUAACUGCCUUAGGUGGCGUUGGUAUACAUUACACCGGCAUCUCCCACACGAGGCAACUAUCACCACCGCAGUUAUUUGCUUGGUUUGGUUUUUCAAGACAGGGUUUCUCUAUGCAGCCCUGGCUGCCCUGGAAUUUACUCUGUAGACCAGACUGGUCUCUAAUUAAUAGAGACCCACCUGCCUCUGCCUCUACUUGGAUUAAAGACGUGGGCCACCAUGCCCAGAGGCCACCUCAGCCAGCAACCACCAGAGUAUUAAAUAGAAUGGCUGUCAAUGUUCCUUGGCUACUGGAGGAACAGGGCAGCAAGCCUCUGAGGGAGUGGGGGGAGAGAGAGACAGAGAGAGGCCAGUAGCCAGGGGGUCUGUGGGGCAGGGACAGAGGAAGCCAGAGGUGACUCAGGCUGUAUUUGGAGCCUUCUAGUCCAAGGGGCAGUUGGGCUUUUACAUGAAAUAAAAGAAAGAUGGGAAGAGUGUCCUGCCUCCCAGAUUUGUUUGCUUUGUGGUGCUAAGGAUGGAACCGAGGGCAUUUCGCAUGCUCAGCAAGCACUGGCCACUCUCUGCGUCCCAGCCCUGGCCUCUGGCAAGUGGCGGGUCUGGACGCUCGGGACUAGGAUGGAGCAGGGAGCCUAACCUUGGAGACGACAUCUGGACACAGGUUUGGAGAAGUUUCGGACGUAACCGCCCAGCAUCUCUGUUUCUGCUGUGAGCAGGAUGAGUGUGGGGGCUGGGCUUGGAGAAGGGGAACUAACCAGUGAUCUCACAGUAGAGUAAGGCUGUCCGCCGGCACAGUUAGGGCUCUGAGGCAUCCAGAAAGCUAGGAGGCCGGCUGGAUGCAGUCUUAAGACAGCUAAGCCCCACUCCAGAAGGAGCUGAGGAGGCUGCAGGGAAGGGCAUCAAUAGAGGACCAGGGACUGGAGCAGGGGUGCGGGGAGGUGGGGACAGAUGGAAAGACCUCCAGACUUUAGAUCUCAGUGUGCUGUGGGGACCUGAUGGGGUAGGUGUGCACAUGAGAGGCUCGGCUGAAAUCAGCAGUUACUGGUGGCUGGGUGAGCUAGAGCAAGAAGGAGCCGUCAAAAGAUCAGGCACAGGGGACUUUGAAACAGGACAGAUAAGGGCAGCGGGCCUGCUGGGUGGGCACAAGAGAGAAGGAGAUGGGGCCUCGGCACAGGAGGCAGGAAGUAAAGGCUGGCUCCCACAUGAAGUUGCUGGCUGGACAGAGGCUUAGACUGGCAGAGUGGACAUUAGAGAACGCCAAAGGCAAGUUGAAAACUCCCAUGGCUUUAAAGGGAUUUAAAUCAAGAGCAGAGGCUGCCUGGCAUGUUUAGAUGUGUUUGUUUGCUUUCUAGUGUGCUGGAUGGAACUCAGAGAGCCUUGGGAAUGCUAGGCGAAUAUUCUACCCCUGAGCUACAUCACUACCCUUUGGUAUUAAAAAAAAAAAAAAGAAUUAACAAUAUUUAACACUUCGAGAUUCCCUUCGGUAGCCAGCAUUUCUGGCCACAGAGGAUGGCCUUCUGAAUCAGGACUGGGGGAACCCAUUUAUCUCCCAUAGUCCUUUAGCAUCUCUUGUCUCCAACCCUUAGGGAGCCUGUCCUAGCCAACUGCCCUGGUCCCCACCGCUCAAGUCUUGACGCUAAUCAGACACUAGGUGGCAGCUGCUGUUCUUCACGGUUACAGACCAACUCCCUUAGCUAAGGACUCUAAGACUGUGGCUGCGCUGCUAUUCAAAGGCCUUCUGGGAAGGAGUGCAGAGCAACCCUUGAUCUGGCAGGGCCAGCACGGUGGCAAAUGUGAGUGCAAGCUCCCAAGACUUGGGCCUCACUCGCUGGGCUGUUCCUGCACACUCAUGUGUAUGAGGGUGACAGCCGACUACCUAUGGGUUCUCUGUCCUCUUUGUGAUGCAGAAUGGAAUCUAGAGACUGCUAAAGAGCAGAUGACUGCAGAACACACUCUGGUCCUACCAGGGGGCAGCCCAGUCUCCUGGAAGCCACCUGACCCUGGCUGUGAGGCUCCCCCAAGGAGGAAAGACUCUGGCACACAAGGAGACCCAAGUUAGUGUCUUGAAAGAGGAGCUACCUCCUGCCCUUACAUUUCCUGAGGCUCUUUCCUACCUCUAGGGCUCUUGGCUUCCUGCUUAGGCCCUGGGGUGGAAAGGAAAGGCCAAGAAACUGGAAGCCAAGUAGACUCUGACCUAUACUUCCCCACAGCCAGUAUGCCAGUGGGAUUCUCAGGUCCUUUCCUUGCAAGCAAUAGAAAUGAAGGCCAAUGUAGGUAAGAGAACUCCAGAGUGGUUCAAAGUGUGAGGGAAAGCCACACCCCAGGGGCUCAGUGUGUGUCCUUUAUUAGUCGCUUUUCUGAUCAUCAUAACCAAAUAACUUCAGAAGUAACCUGGGGGAAGGGAGAUUUUGUUGUUGUCUUAGAGAGGGUUUUACUGCUGUGAACAGAUACCAUGACCAAGGCAAGUCGUGUAAGGACUUUCAUUCGGGAUGGCUUACAACCAGUUCAGAAAUUCAGUCCAUUAUCAUCAAGGUGGGAACAUGGAGGCAUUCAGGCAGGCAUGGUGCAGGAGGAGCUGAGUUCUAUAUCUUCAUCCUGAAGGCUGCUAGCACAAGACCGACUUCCAGGCAGCUAGGAUGAGGGUCUUAAGGACCACACCCACAAUGACACACCCACCCCAACAAGGCCACACCCUCUAAUGGUGCCACUCCCUGGGCCAAGCUUAUACAAACCAUCACAGUUGUUGUUGUCCAUAUUAUCAAAGGCUUUAUUUAGCCCAUGGCCACUGGGUGGCAGAACUACAAGGCACUGGAAGUUCUUUGUUUUAGGGUAGACAACUGGGAGGAGGGGAUCGAGGGGGAGAGGAGAGGGAGAGAGCACACAAACCAGACAUAACCUCCAAAGGCAUGCCCCAAUGAGCUACCCCUGCAGCUCUGUACCACUUAGGGGUACCGCUGUGUGGAAGGUAGAGGCACAGCUCCUUAUCCAGAGGUGGCCAUGGACAUCUAAUGACAAUCUGUAUUCUCUGACAUUUGCUGGUAUCUUAGGCUGCAUCGAAGUUGUGAUAUGUGUGUGCUCCAGAGUGUCUCCUGUCAGCCAAUGUUCCCUGAGCUUUUGUCUAGUCAGGGGUUAGAUCACAAGCAGCAGGCCACAGCUGGGCUCUGCCUCCCACCUUCUCGUGGGUUUCAGCUCUGGGUGACUCGUUAGAAGAGAAGCUGACUCUGGGUUUCAAGCUACCUAUGCUAAGACUCAGAGAAAGUGUGCCACGUGGAUCAGAGUACCGUGUGACACUAGGUGCACCCUAUGUCCUGGGACCUCUCUGUCUCUCAUCUGUAGUUUGGAAGUGAGUCAUUUAACCUCAAGAGUCAGGGUAUUUAGAGAAAGCCCUUCGUAAACUUAAGUUCUGAUGAAUGUGAGUCACCACUUCCCUUGCUAGCUUUGCUAUGCCUUGUCCUGUCCUUUACCUAACCAUUUUGAAAGCCGUGCAUGUAUUCUGACCGCUACACUUUACCUUGCCUUCUGAGUCAGUGACUCUGACUUUGGGAUAGUGUCUGGGUCAAGAAUGGUAAGCCAACUUUUGUGGUCGUCUGCAGCUCUGGAUUGACUCACUGCGAAAGUGAUGCAAUUGAUUAGUAAUGUCUGCCAAGGCCCUAGGAAGGGGAGUGGAGGUUCACCUGCCACAUCCGUACCAUUGUCUGGUGGCUGUCUGAUGCAAGUGCCUGACCUCACUGCCACAUCUCAGCCUGGCUUUGGUGGUUUCCCUCCCACAGGAAUGAAGACCAGGGAAGUAGCACUUGCUUGCGCUGGGAGCCCAGUCAAGAAAGGCUGGUUGGAUAUGGCUUGCCCAUGAGCUUGGAUGCCUGGGUAGUAAUCAGGAACCUCUAGGGGAAAGCUGUUCAAAAGAGGUCUGAGGAGAUGGCUCAGCAGGAUUACAGACUUGCUUCCAAGUCUGACAGAUUGAGUUUGAUCCCCUGGAUUCACAUGGUAGGACAGAAACAACUACCGGAUGUUGUCUUCUGACCCCCAUGUAUGCCAUAGCAUGCAUGUACCCCUCCAAACAAACGAACAAAUGUAAUUGAAAAUGGGGGGGGGGCUGAGAGGGGACAAGCAAAGGAGGCGAACAGAGGAGGAAUGGUUCUUUCAGCAGUAACUAGGUGGGAGAGGUGGGUGAGAAGGAGAGGUGGGGCUUCCCAGUCACUGUGCAUUUGCUAUGGGGCUGAUGGCUGUGGAUGUAACCCUUGGGGACAAGUUAAAAUAAGCAUGCCACAUCCAGCUCUGUUCAGCUCGCUGCCCUUAAACGUGGCCCACAACUCUGCACUGUUCCCAAAUAAAAACUCCAGUGUCUGCUUGGAAGCUUCGUCCUUCCUCUGGCUUCUGGGGCCCCACUCCCCAUAACAUCAUGCUCCGAGAUUCCUCCCUGGGUUGGGCUCUGGGGUGUUCCCUGACUGGGUUUCUGGCAGUCACGCCUCCUCUCAGUUCUGGAGACAUGCCGUUCCAUCUGCCUGAAAACCAUUCUCUCCUCUACCUGUGCUCUUCCCCGGUCCUCAUCCGGAAGCCUCCUCUUCCUGGAACCCUAGCUUCAUCUCAGGUGCUCUCAAAGCAUCUACUGUUUCCCCAUCCUACAUUUCCCCAUCUGUAUCCCUGCCCCGCCCCGCCCUGGCCCACCCUGACUUUGUUCUUAGAGGCACCCAUGUUUGUGUUCACCUUCAACUCCUGAUUAGUCCACCCCACCCCACAACAGCCCCAUACAACAGGGGUUCUGUGUUCACCCAAAGUAUUAUGGUACAAGUGUCCACGGGCGUGCAUCACUAACACCGGUGUGGAAAUUGCAGCUUUGGAAGUUCCCAGAGGACUCUUUGAUGUGCAGGACCCAAAAAGGCUUAGAAGAAUGGUGACCCAGAAGAGCAACUCUUUUUUCACCACUGACUUGGACAGCCCCAGCCCCACCCCCUCGCUUUGGGAGAGAGCCCACCCGGGACUCUUCCUGCAAAAAUACGGGGCCUGUUCCAUUCCAUGCCCAUCUCUGCACACACAGAGGGACAAAGCAGGCAUUUCUUCUAUUCUGGGAACCUUUUCUCCCCUUUAGGACCAGAUCCAUGGUCUUCCUACUUGUUAAAGUAGAAAAAUGAGACUUGGGAUUUGUAAGCCAUCAUUUUAAGUGUAUGUGUGUGUGUCUGUGUGUGUGUGUGUGUGUACAUACAUGUGGAGUGUAGCACACGCAGGUAGUGGGACAAGUGGGGAUCAGAGGACAAUCUCAGGGUCAGUCUUUGCCUUCCAUCGUGUGUGAGGUAGGGUCUCUUGUAUUGCUUCCUGCUGCCUUUGGUUAGCUGCAAGCUUCUGGGAAUUCUGUCUCCACUUCCCAUUGCUGUAGGAGCUCUGGGAUUUAGGCUUCUGCUGUGGUCAACUCUGUAGACCUUCGUACUGACAGCCCCGUAAGCCCUCUCUGGCAUUGCACACUGGGCUUCCUUUACUGCUCAUCUCCGUUGUUUGAGCGUUUUGGGGGCUGUCCAGGACUAUGCUCUUUGUUUCAACAAGGGUAUCUGAAGUUGUCGUAACCAUGUACCAGUGCGAGGUGAGAGACAACCAGAAGAGCCAGGUGCUCCAGAGCACUCAUUUGUGGACAGCGGGAACUAUGCAAGCCUGUGUAGUCGAGAAGCCAGGUAGGGAGAAUUCUAAAUGAGUCCUCUGCUUAUAGCUAUUGACCACAGCUAAGAGAAAUGGCCACAAAGUGUUAUAACAAGGGCUGGAGAGAGGGCUCAGUCGUUAAAGCACUGACUGCUCAUCCAGAGGACUCAUCCAGAGGUCCUGAGUUCAAUUCUCAGCAACUACAUGGUGGCUCACGACCAUCUGUAAUGGGAUCUGCUGCCCUCUUCUGGUGUGUCUGAAGACAGCUACAGUGUACCCACAUACAUAAAAAAAUAUUUAAAAAAUCGUUAAAAAAAGUAUUAUAACAACUAGAGUAUAUACUGGACUCAAAAAAGAGGCAGCCUCAUCAUGGGUCAUUAAAUGAUUAUACUGUCUUGCAAACAGAACUGCAUCGCAUUGUCAAAGACAGGGAAACGGUGUGUUCAGUCUCUUCUCUCAUUUGUACAGUCAAGAGGCACAUCGUGAUAGUAAUAAAAUAGAGACUUACAGAGAAAGAAAGGACGCACACCCAGACCCUGUCUGAAGUGGUCCUCUCACUCUCUGCAGUUGAAACCAAUAAAGACUUCAAACGGAUCUUUAAUUUGUGCUUUGUCUAUUUGCGUGUAAGAGUGUACGUCACAUGUGUGCCUGGUGUCUGCAAGAGGCCAGAAGAGGACAUCAUAUUCCUGGGGACAGGAGUUAAGAGAUGGUUUUGAGUCACCAUGCGCAUGCUAGGAAUUGAACACAGGGUUCUCUGAUAACCGCUGAGCCAUCGGUCUAGCCCCGAGACUUCAGACAGGUUUAAGGUGCAUCUUGAUGUAGCCCUGUCAGCUUCUAACAGUCCUGUUCUGCCAAACCCAAGAGUAUUCCUUUUUUGAAAACCUAUGAGCUAUUAAUGGAACCGCUUAGCGCCUACUUCUCACUCUUGGAGUGUUCUGCUGGUAGAAUGUAGAUGCUUUGCUCUCCAGGAUCUAAAAUGCCUUCUUUUGCAUUCUACUGGCAAGCAAAGGACAAUUACAUUUUGCCGGGGGAUGGAUACAUUUGCAAGUAAAAACAACCAGCCAGGCAGUGGCGGUCCAUUCUUUUAAUCCCAGCAUGUGGAGGCAGACCAAUUUCUAGUUUGAGGCCAGCCUGGUCUACAAAGCAAGUUUCCAUACAGCCAGAGAAAAUAGAGAAACCCUGUCUCAAAAAAGAAAAUUAACCAAUCAAACAUUACUCUUCAAUAUUACAAAGCAGAUUUCCCCAGGGCUGUAAAAGCUUGUUCGCCGUCUUUGAGAAAAUGCUGUUAAGAGAUCUGAGAACAUUGCUAGCAUGGAGCCCCGUUUUUUGUUUUUGUUUUUUUUUUUGGUUUUUUUGUUCUUUUUUUUCCGGAGCUGGGGACCGAACCCAGGGCCUUGCGCCUCCUAGGCAAGCGCUCUGCCACUGAGCUAAAUCCCCAACCCCUGAGCCCCGUUCUUAGAAUAACUAUUUCCUCUACUUUGCUCCCGACCACACCUCUGUUUAAGGCCGACCUGGGCCACAGUAACAAGACCUUCUCUCAAAAAAUGAAAAUGAAAUCAGAUUAUUGGGUCAGUGAUGCCACCUGCAAGAACUUAUUGUUGAAUGUGAUAGAGUUUGCACUAAGAGCUCACAGGUCUCGAAGAGGACAGUGCUCUUGGUAGAUUGCUGUCUGGACCCAUGGAGUUGAAUUAUGGGUAGAAAACUACAUAGCAAAACAAAACAAAACAAAACAAAACAGUUAGUCAUGUCUUAUUAAACCCGCUUUGUAGCCAAGGAUGAGCUUCCUGCCUCCAGCCACAGGGUACCAGUGUACAGCACCAUGACAAGUUUUAUUUGGUGCUGGGGGUCAAACCCAUGGCUUUGUGUGUGCUUGGCAAACACUGUCAACUGGGAUACAUCUGCAGUCUUUCCUGCUCAUUUUAAUGAUGUGUGCACGUGUGUUUGCUGCGGGGAGUGACCAUUAGAAGAGGCACGUCUGUGUACAGUGCUAGUGACGCCAACUGUCCAGCAACUGGACAUUGUGGGUGAAGAAACAAAGCACCGUCAAUAGCUCUGGUGGCUUCUGGUGUAACUCUACUUACUAGAGAUGUGACAGUGUUCGCCUGUUAAAAAGCAGUACAGCAUUACUGACUACAAUUCUUCAGUUUUAAAGCUGCUUGGUUGUAACUUCUUUUGAAGGGAAGGGCUCUUUGGGAAUUGAAUUUAGAGCUUUGUGCAUGUCACAUAGGCUCUAUAACAUGAGCUAUACCCUCAGCCCUUUUGUAAAUUUUGUGACAGGGUCUUACUAUGGCUUUGAACUUGCGCUGCUCCUGCCUGAGUGCUGGGAGUAUAGGUAUGUGUUACCUAUCCUUUUAUAUGAUAUUUAACUCCUUAGAGCUAUUCAUCUAUUUAUGGUCAUUUCAAAGGAUUUUGUUGUCCAUGUGCUGCCUUUUCUUGAGACGACUGUCUCCUUAAUGUCUAAGGGCAAGAUGAAACCCAACGCUUCCAGUGAAAACUAUAGACAUAAACAAGGCUCCAGCUGUCGCCCCCUCUGUGGUCAGCCUGGACACACACACACCUGAGAACUGACUACAGCGCUACACACCCGUUCCAGGUACAGUGAUGUCAGUGAGGGUGGAGGAUGAGGGUAUCUGCCCAAGCCUGGAGCUAACAAGGCCACAAAGCUCCUCAUGGUGUUAGAGGGACAGUGUGAGGACAACCAUGACCACUUUCCUAUUCCAGGCAGGCUGGCAUCUGCAGCCCUGCUGGGGAGCCAAAAUUCUUCCUGCACCGGAAGUAAAGAGGAGCCUCCGCCCCAUGUGAGGGUCCAGGAAAGCAUCAGUACAGGUACGAGCCCUCCACCCACCCUGGGCAGUCACCUUCAGGGCAGAGUCAGACAAAGGCUGAGGAGACACAAUGUCUAAACCAGACCUAGGGUUUCCUAAGAGCAAAACAGGAACAGAUGAAGAAAAAUUCUCAGCAUGAACAAGAGGACAGUAACAUGCCAACAUCGAGAUCACACACACACACACACACACACACACACACACACACACACACACACCAAAAUCAAAAUAGAUUCAUAAUAGGCAGGAUGGCACACAAAGCCAGAAGACAGCACAGAGAGACCUAUCUCAGAAAUUAACCAAAAAAAAAAAAAAAAAAAAAAAAAAAGAAAGAAAGAAAAGAAAAAGAAAAUGGAACCACUCGUGCCAGCCUUCCAAAAGUAACGAGAGUUUGGGCUUGUAUGUAGGCUGCCUGACACCAUCUAGACAUACACAGUUAUCACGUUGGCUGCCUCCGGUACUUCUUCCAGGCACAGCAUAUUUCCAGAAUUUUCACUCCCAGACGAAGGAUGUUGAAGAAUUCGUUGCUGAUUGACCUUUAGAAGCAUGGCUACAUGAAGCUCUCCGAACAGAAGAGGAACAGUGAACAGAGCCCAGAGCAUCAGCAGGGAAGACUCAGGGAGAGGUAAAAAUUGGAUUAACCACGACACUUUUUUGAUUCAAAUUAUCUCUGACUAAAAACUCCCCCAAGUCCUGCCUGUCGAGGCCCUGAAAGUUCAGACGUCUGUACUGGAAGUGGGAGGAGGGGCCCAUCGUGGAGUCUGAGUACAGUGUGGUAUGGCACGGGGCUGUGGCAGAAAACCUUGGCUGGACUUUCAGCACCAUAAAACAAGUCAGAGCAUAUGAUGUAACACCUCAGGGCACACAUCAAAAAGGCUGUAUAAGGAGAUACAAUCAGAGACACUAUAGUAGUUCAAUCAAAACUGCAUUGUAAAAAAAAAAAAAAAAAGUUCAAGCAACCCACACUGGCAGGAGAAAAGAAAAGAAACAGUACAACAGAAAACAGGAACUAACGGGCCGGCGAGAGUCCUGACAUAUCUGUAAUUAUGUGUAACGGGAAUAGACUGCAGCCACCAAUUGAAAGCCCGUCAGAGGGAAAAUCACAUGCUGAACGCAGUCAGUCCACUAGACAUUCGCGUCUCAUAUAAUCAUAUCGGUGAGUUUAAACAGAGAGGGGCCGGGUGGACCUCGGUGUGGGUAGGCCCUGGGCUCUGUCUUAGGAAGAGGGCGUGGGGGCUGAGAGAGAAAGAGAAACUAAGAUUUCGGGUGAGGGUUAAAAGCAACACAUAGGGACCUUACCUAAUGAUAACGAGGUCAACCCGGGGAAUAAAAUAAUCCCAAGUGUGUUUGUACAAAUCACAGAAAUGUAAAGACUGUGAGCAAAGCGUACAGAGCUGAAGAGAUUGUAGCUGCUGAUUCCAACACCACCCUGAUGGAAAAACAUGGCUGACUACCACGAGGGCGGGAGAAUAUGACUGGAAGCACACACUGACCUCUCCAGAACCUAACAGCACCAGCGUAAGCAUCCCUUAUGUGUCCAUAGAGCGUGGGGCAAAGUGGGUCACGUCCAGCCCAUCAGCAGCUCUCAAUAAAUAUGGAAGACCAAGUGUGCCACUGUCUGCACGCUGUUAGAUGGACGAGAGGCAUCACGUGGUCAUGAGGAGACUGGCUGGUGGGUGCCUCAUGUGCUGCUGCUGGAAAUGUAAAAUGCCACAGCCACCCUAGAUCACAGUUAAGACAGUUUCUUAGAAAACUAAAACUUUGCCACAGGACCCAGUAGUCAUACUUCUGGAUGCUCACCUAAAAACUUGCAUGCAAUCACUUGCUGCCGCUAGAGGCAUUGAGCUCUCUGGCCCCAAGGCAGAAGCAAGACGAUAGAAUGUCCUGUUAUGGGGCUGGGGAUUUAGCUCAGUGGUAGAGCGCUUACCUAGGAAGCGCAAGGCCCUGGGUUCGGUCCCCAGCUCCGAAAAAAAAAAAGAACCAAAAAAAAAAAAAAAAAAAAAAGAAUGUCCUGUUAUAGAAAGCAUGGGGGGGUUGGGGAUUUAGCUCAGUGGUAGAGCGCUUGCUUAGCAACCGCAAGGCCCUGGGUUCGGUCCCCAGCUCCGAAAAAAAAAGAAAAAAAAAAAAAAAAAAAAGCAAGCAUGGGGAUAAUGUGCGGACAGUGUGUUCCUGCCGAGGCUCAAGGAGGGUAAAUGGUGUGUCACGUGGCAUCUCGUGGGGACAAGAAUUCCGUCAGGGCGCGACAGCUGCUGUGGCGACAUCCAGUUAAUCUUGAAGAUUUCAAUGAUCAAUCCUAAAGUGCAAUGCAUGCUCCUGUCGCAAACUGAGAAAGAGGGUCCGUCAACAGGCUAAUGCUCAUGCCAUGCUGCACGAAGGACAUUCCCCAGCAAUAAAAGGGACGAGCUAUAUUAAACCGUCACAAGACUUGGACAGACAUCAUAGGAAUUACACUGAGGGGAAGACAAUCUCAAAGGUCAUGCUCUGUACAGUUCUAUUUCUGCAUUAUUCUAUUUAGAGAGUAGGAGGGAUUAGUGCUCGCUAUGGGCUGAGGUGGGCGGUGACUAUCAAGGGGCAGGACAAGAACUCUGCACAGAGGAACAGUUAGGUCUUGGCUGUGGUUCUGAGAACAGAGUCAGAGAACCACACACAUAUUGAACCAACAUUCACUUGUUAAAAAAAACACCCGUAUGUACACGUCAUGACGCCGUGGUGGUCAGAGAACAGCUACAGGAGCCGGUUCUCACUUCCAACCUUGUUGAGGCAGGGGCUUGUCUCUGGCUGCGAUGUUCACAGCGAUAGCCCACAAGCUUCCAGGCGCUCCUUCCUGUAGGAGUGCUGAGGGUACGUACUCAUGUAUGUAACCAAUCCAGCUUUUUAUGUGGGCUCUGGGGAGGCAAGCUUGGGUCAUCAGGCUAGUUCAGCACUUUUACCCCGAGUCAUCUCUCCAGCCCUCAAUUUUCUCAUUUUGGUGUACUAGUUAGGUGAAAUGCAAGCCCUGGGGGAAAGCUGGUAAGGGUAAGCAAGCCCUAUACUACCACUUUUUUUUUCUCCAGUAGCAAGCCUUUUUUUUUUUUUUUUUUCCGGAGCUGGGGACCGAACCCAGGGCCUUGUGCUUCCUAGGUAAGCGCUCUACUACUGAGCUAAAUCCCCAGCCCCGCAAGCCUCUUUUUAUUUUUAUUAUCAGAUAUAUUUCUUUACUUACAUUUCAAAUCUUAUUCCCUUUCCUGGUUUCCUGUCCAUAAGCCCCUAUCCCCUCCCCCAUCCACCCCCCUUAUUGCCCCCCCCACUACCACUCUUAAAGCACACACAGCAGAACUCAUGUCUUCUUUUACAAAGGCAGUAGUAGGAUUUGAGCGACUCAUUGGCUUAGGCGACUGGGUGGGGCAAGAACCAGUCCUAAGUGGCUCAGGUCAACAGAACUGUGUCUUUGUGUUUUGAACUGAGAGAUGGGGACUCAUCAAGAAGUCUGUACUGGACAAGUCCUAUGGCACCAGGAAAAAAAAAUCUAAUUCUGAGGGGCUGGAGAGAUGGCUCAGCUGUUAAGAGCAUACACAAGGCAGGAAGCUAUGUGAGUUCUGUGCCAGCCUGGGCUGAGUAAGAACCUUCUCAAAAUGAGCUGGGAGGUGAAGAGUCCCCACUUAAGGGACUCAACUAGUUUCUGCCUCUCCCAACUACCAGUCCUAAAACACAUGCUUGGAAAAGAUGAAAGGGAACUAAGACUUGUCCAUCUUUCAUCUGACUCAGCAAUGGAUUCAGGGACCCUAGGGAGUAAAAGGGAAGGAAAACAGCUGGCUCUACUGAAGACAGUUUAAUGUGCCAAAUGUCUGCUAGAGCUUCGGUCUCCACCAGAGAUCUAAUGCCAAGGCAGGCCUCAGAUUCUGUGUAGCUAAGCUUCUGCCUCCUGAAUGCUGGAGUUACAGGUAUUUACUGGCACGCUCUGCUGUUUCUCCCUUUAAAGGUGAGGAAGAGGUGUGGGCUGAUGUCUGUCUGGGUUCUGAGAUGGAAGACCAGAAGGACCUAAGGAUCAAAGGGAGGUCUCUCUGCCUGCAGAGACACAAGCAACCUGAAGGUUAGAAUCCACUUAUCAACCUCUAAGUCCUUAUCUUGGAGUCAAAGGGGCAAAUGCAUAAACGUAUGUUAGGAUGAACAGCGAGAGAUCCCACCCGGACUGAGGCCUAGCGGAAGCGCUAGUCAGGCAACAUCAAUCGCCCUUGGCCUGAUGGAAAACCAUCAUGGAAAACCUGAAGGACCACAUUCUCCCUUCCUAGGCUAGUCUCCAUUUCUGGUCUUCUAUCUCAGAACUCAGAACAGACGGACAUCAGCUGGAACCUCUUCCUCACCUAUAAAGGGAGUAAAAGCUGGGUGUGGAGGUAAAUGCUGUAACCCCACCGAUCACGAGGCAGAGGCAGAAGAGUUAACUGAGAGUUAAAGGCCAGUUCAGCUGCACAGUGACUCUUAGGCCUUAGAGUACAUGAAACCUGUUUUUUAUUUUUCUUUUCUUUUUUUUUCAGAGCUGGGGACCGAACCUAGGGCCUUAGCAAGCGCUCUACCACUGAGCUAAAUCCCCAACCCCUGUUUUUCAUUUUUCUUAAGAAUCACAGUGCCCAGGCCCCACAGCUCAGGAUAGCAGCCAGGCGCCUCAGGCACCUGUACUCCAUUCGAUAUCUGUAUCCAUGGCACAGGCAAUUCCCAAAGCACGCAAAGCCAACGAAAACAAGCGGAGGCAACACAAAGCUCAAUUUUGUCUUUUAUUUUUUGCUAACAUAAGAUCAGAACCAUCACUCUGCUCACUUCUAUGAAUUCAUCCAACCCAAAUUAUUAUAGUAACACAACCAAAGGUUGUUGUCUUUGCUCCUCAGCGACGCCCUCCUCUGGGCAUUACAAGCCCUGUUGCCCAAGAGACCGCAAAGCCUUCCUGGCCCUUCCACAUACUCAUUAGAGUACUACCUUCUGAGGCUACACCUCAAGUCUGCCGAGAGGUGGGCGGGGUGAAGUGUCUCCACAUUCCAAUCUGAGUGGGCUACAGACUCCAGCCACUUCCUUGUUGGUCAGUCCCUCAAAGGUGACGAUCAGUGUGCUGCAGCUUCCCCUCCUCAGUGUUGCAGUUCUUCAAGGUAUGUAAGCCAUGCCUCAGAAGUCACCCAUGGGAUGCACACAGAUUAACCACCAAAGCAGGACACACAGGGGCAGCAUCUUUCUUUGGUUCCAGAACACAGGGGCAGCAUCUUUCGGGAGCAGCCCCUCCAGUGUUGUUCAAGCUGUCCUCCUAAGUCACAAAGGGUUGUUCAGGGUCCUCUGCCAACUGAAAUGACCCCUCAGAGUUCACAGAGCCCCCAGUCUUAUCCUCUCUUGGUGGUUCUACGCUCUGGCCUAUGAAGCUACCAAGGCCCCAGCA